UUGAUUUUUUCAGGUCUCUCAUGGGGAACUGAUGACCAGUCCUUGAGGGAGGCUUUUGCAAACUUUGGUGAAGUGGUCGAUGCUAAAGUCAUUGUUGAUAGAGAAACAGGAAGGUCUAGGGGUUUUGGAUUUGUCAACUUUACUGAUGAGACCGCUGCUAAUACUGCCAUUUCAGAGAUGGACGGAAAGGAUCUGAAUGGACGGAGCAUUCGGGUGAAUGUUGCUAACGAAAGACCAAGUACUCCCCGGUAUGGCGUAGGUGGUGGGUAUGGCGGAGGUGGUGGCUAUGGUGGAGGUAGCUAUGGAGCAGGUGGUGGUGAUGGUGGCGGUUACUAAACAGAGAGAGUAUCUUGUGAAAAGAUUUGAUGGUUUUUGUUUAGUUGGGUUUCUUUAAUUGAAUCUUGUGUUACAACUUGAACCUCGUUAGCCAUUCCUUGUUUUGUCGAUUAACAUCUUGGAUUGAUACUUUGUCGCCCCCAUUAAAGUGCAUCUAUGGGUUUGCGUUAGCUUCGGAUAUUGCAGGUUAAUAACUCCUAAUUGAAUGAACCCCUUUAUUU